AUGGCCGAUCGUAUGGUGGAGGUUGACCGUUUGUCCUCCACGACAAUUGCUCAAGUUUCCCAGUCUCUCACUGUGUUCGCCUCUGACCUGGCUGAACUAAACACCCAGACUGCCCAGUCGUCGGUGAUCGCUGUUGCUGUGCAGCUGCGCGAUCUGCCGGUCCCUCUCGACGUUCCUUUGGCCGUGACCGUCGUCGUUCCCGCUCUCUCCCCAGCACCGCAAACCUAUGAUGGUAUCACGUAAACUUUGGCGAUAAGGCCUGGCGCUGUGUCCCACCCUGCUCCUUCAAGUCCACGCAGGGAAACUCCUCGGCCGGAGAGCAAAUGCGGCCGAGCUCUCUGGCAACUCUUCGGGUCGCACUUUUUACAUCCGUGAUAACACGAGUGGCAGGCACUUUUUAGUCGACACUGGCGCUCAAAUUAGUGUCAUCCCUCCCACGCCAGCCGACCGACGUUGCCCCAACCAUGGUCUUUUCCUCCAAGCCGUAAACUCAUCCCCAAUUUCAUCUCGAUCCCUCUCCCUGGAUAUUGGUCUCAGGCGAUUAUUCCCCUGGAUAUUUGUGGUGGCUGAUGUGCGCACCGCCAUCCUUGGUGCUGAUUUUUUGGCCGCCUUCGACCUUCCGGUGGAUCGCAGGCAACUUUGCCUCCACGAUCGCGCAAUUACCCUCACCGUCAAAGGAUUUCCUCCAUCCUCAGCUUCUAACCAUCUAUCCGUCCUUGACCCAAAGCUGGCAGUUCAUUCCGUAAACUUUUAGCAAAAUAUCCUACUCUCACUAAGCCCCAUUCUCCCGACUACUCAUUGUCCCAUCAUCACAUAAAAACGACUGGUCCUCCCGUUUUCUCUCGUCUCCGCCGUCUUGCUCCCAUGCGUCUUGCGGCUGCUAAAGCUGAAUUUGUUCAAAUGUUGCAACCAAAGCCUAUUCGACAGUCUGACAGUCACUAGGCAUCUCCAUUGCACAUAGUUCCUAAACCACAAACGGAUGAUUGGCGUCCUUGCGGCGAUUAUAGAGCCCUGAACGAUAUCACUAUGCCCGAUCGGCAUCCGGUUCCUCAUAUUGAGGUUUUUGCCGAAGCUCUCUGUGGCAAAACCGUUUUCUCGAAGACCGAUUUGGUCCGGGCUUUUCAUCUAAUUCCGAUUGCGGUUGAAGACAUCUCCAAAACGGCAGUGAAGACCCCUUUUGGCUUGUUUGAAUUUUUUCGUAUGCCAUUUCGUUUCCGAAAUGCCUGACUUUCCACGUUCCACUGACCGUGUUUUACGUGGCCUCCAUUUGUUUAUUCGCAUACUGAUGAUUCCCUCGUCAACAGUCGGGCUGUCGACGGACCUCUCCAAUACCUUACCCUGCUUUUCAACUGAGUUCAGCAGUUUAGUGUCACCUUGCAUCCUGGUAAAUGUGUCCUAGGAGCAACUUCUCUUGAGUUCUUAGGUAAUCUGAUCGACUCAAACGGCAUUCGGUGUCCUCCCUCAAAGGUCGCUACCGUUCGGGACUUUCCACCCCCUACCUCGGAGCGUCAGCGGCAACGGUUUCUCGGUAUCGUGAACUUUUAUCGCCGGUUUCUCUUGAACUGCGCCGACACCGUCCUACCGCUGACCAGUCUCCUCACAGGUCCUAAGUGCACCUCUGAACUUACACCAACAGCAAUCACGUCAUUUGAGCAGGCAAAAGCCCUUCUGGCUGAUGCCACUCGCCUGACUCACUUUCAUGUUGAUGCACGCAUAUCUCUGAUGGUCCAUGCCUCCAAUGUUGCUGUUGACGCGGUUUUUCAACAAAGUCUGCCAGAUUCUACCGUGCUUUUGGCUUUCUUCUCCAGGAAACUAUUCAAGGCCGAAACCCGGUACAGCACAUUCGGACGUGAGCUUCUCGCCGCUUAUCUUGAUGUAAGACACUUCCGGCAUUUGCUGGAAGGUCGAGAGUCCACAAUUUUCAUAGAUCAUAAGCCACUCACCUUUGCUAUGCAUUCCCAUUCUGACAAACUAAAUCCCCGGAAGAUCCGCCACCUGGACUACAUUUCUCAGUUCAUUUCAGACAUCCGCCAUAUUGACGGUCACGGAAUGAGGUGGCUGACGCACUGUCCAGGCCCUCCAUCGCCCACCUCUAGCUUUCACCCGGGAUCAACCUCGCUGAGAUGGCCGCUGAACAACGCCGUGUCGGUUCACCCUGUGAUGAGGAUGUUUCCGGACUCCAGCUUCAGGAGCUACCACUGACAACUGGCAACGGCACUAUUCUAUGCGACGUAUCCACCCCAUCCCAUCGUCCAUUUGUGCCGCCAUCCCUCCUCCGCAAAGUUUUUUCCUCCCUGCACAAUCUAUCUCACCCUGUGAGUCGAGCUACUGACGAGCUGGUUUCCGACCGCUCCGUCUGGCCUGAGAUACACAAGAACCUCAAAGCAUGGACACGGGCUUGUAUUGCCUUUCAACGGAGUGAGGUCCAGCGGCACAACAAGGCUCCCAUCGGCACCUUCCCCGGCCCUAGUGCAAGGUUCAGUCACGUUCACCUGGACAUUGUAGGCCUCCUGCCCCUGUCCAGUGGUUGUUCCUAUCUCCUCACCUGUGUGUAUCGGUUCACCCGUUGGCCUGAGGCUACUCCCCUACCUGACAUUACUGCUCCAACGAUGGUCAAGGCUUCUCUCGAUCGUUGGGUUGCCAUCUUUGGUGCAGCCUCCACUAUCACGACUGACCGCAGUGCCCAGUUUGAGUCUAACCUCUUCCAGUCUCUCCUAUCCUUUUUAGGCGGUACCCGCAUCCGGACGACAGCCUAUCACCCGGCAGCCAACGGGAUGGUCGGGCGGUUACACCGUCAGCUGAAGGCCUCCCUACGCGCCGCGGCCGAUCCGGAGAACUGUACGGACCACCUUCUCCUGGUCCUCUUGGGCACGCGCUUGGCUCUCAAGCCGGACCUUGACUGUUCCGCAGCUGAACUGGUGUUUGGCGCUAACGUCCGACUGCCCGGUGAGAUGAUCUCUCCAACCUCACGAGGUGAAGUUGGGAUCCCACCAACCUCCUGA